CUGCCAUUGUGGAAUUAGCGUGGUGUGUUGGCUGUGAACACAUCGUAGCCCGCCGCUACAAAUAAGCACCCACACACAACGAGGGUAUAGCGAUCCUGGCUAUGUAGCGUUCUGUCUCUGGGGUACAAGUUCAACAAAACAUGGCAGCCACAGACUCUCUAUCACUGUCCCAUUUCUACCGAGACACGACGGGCCUCGAUUCCUUAUCAAGGAAUUACCAGUCUAGUGAACUUUUUACACCGUAUUCACUACCGCAACGACCCACAGUGUCGGAACUCAGAUACCUACAUUACCGUAACGCCUUGGAGAGAGUUCCUCGAUUGCCGUGGGGAACACACCGUGAGUAUGGAGGAAUCCAGUCUGUCAACUUACCCGACGACCAUAGACCAAAGAGUGAGCCGCCCGCAGUGGUGGAAAAGGGACAUCGUCAUUUUGGCACAGGGGCUGAUCCGUUUCCAAGAGGAGUUCCAGUCAACCAAUAUUAUGACUUAACUUCAUUGAAACGAAGUAACAUCAGAAGUAACGAUGAACUGGUUCCAAGACCAGAGUCCAUUGACAUGACGAAAUUGAAGAUUAAUCUUCCCUUCCCUGCUGAACACCCGUACGCAUCGCAUCAGCCAAAGUUUGCCCUAUUUCCUACUUACGGUAGUAAUCCGGAUGAUCCAAAUACCGGAACAGCUGCACAAUAUAUCCAACCAUUACAUCAUUCGCAGCCAGCCGCUCCGUAUGAUGUAAAAGUGGAAGAGAAGGUCAAAGGUCAUGCGUUAAGAAGGGAAAGUCAGGUCAUACCACCAGAAUCUCACAAGAAAGCCCUCUCAUGGCCGGGAGAUAAUUUCUAUCAGCUUGCGAGGUCAACAUCUGGCGGACGUCAACAGUAUUACCCAACUCCACCAAAGAUGGUAUUACCAAAUCACAAUGCUCGUUCCCUUGACAACACACUAAGUCCACAAUCUGCUAAUACUCUGCGCAACGUUGAACGUUCACAAUGGGUCACGACGUAUCAAAAUAAUUUCACUGGAUUCGGUCCCGCUAAUGCCUUGCAAUUGGAUAAUUAUGCUGAUAAGAAAACAACAGAACUUGUAUAUGGCGUUGAAGAUACAACAUUGCGUCCAAGGUCUUAUAACACCUUUUUACCACCCCGUCCAUUGGAAGGUCGGAUAUCUCGUAUGAUUGGUCCUGCUACGGCUGUUAGAUGUGUUAUUAAAGAUGGAAGAAUUGAAUAUGUGCCAUUUACGCCUAAAGUUGAUAUUGAAAUGGAUAAGGUGAGAGAGCAUCCCAAUCUACCGUCAGAGACACACGACUCUUUUCAAGACCCAAAAACACAGCAAUGGAAGAAAUUAGAAAAUGAACAGACGUCAUCUACUGCUCUCAAAAAACUUGAAGAAAAGAAGGAAGAAACUCCACAAUUAUUUGUUCCAGAAAAAGAAAAAGAAAUGUCCAUGGAUGAUUGGAAGAAAGAAUUGGAAGAAUGGCAAAAGAACAGAUUUGAAGAUAUUACCCUAAAUACCAGAUGGAAACAGGCAGAGAAGCAGCAACACCAUGAUGAUUUAUCGUUACUAAGACGCAAAGUCAGUCAUCAAAUGCCGAUUAUGCAACCACCAGUAUAUUACGAUACUUUACAUAAAGUCCAUACGUGUAGAGCACCCUUUUAUUAUGACGGCACGAAUCCAUACGAACUUGAUGAUGUCACCCCGUGGGAGUAUCAUCUUACGAAAUCCCAUCUGGAACUUAAAGAACAAGAUGAAGAGGCCGUGAAAAAGCAUGCGGAAAAGUCACCAGCCACUCAAGUAUCGGAGAAAGACUGGGACAAAUACCAGUUUGCUGGAUCUACCGGUCAAAAUCCAAGUUUGAAAGAACCGAAGAAAUAUUCUAAUUUUCAGUUGUUGCAUGGGAGACCACGGCUGGAGAACAGCUUCACACAGAAACCACCUGGGCAGUCAGUGUACACGUAUGACUAUAAUCCAGAUUUGGUCAAAACUGUUACCACCGCAACAAAGGAUAAGUAUGAUUUACGUGACCUGCAUUCCAGUAUACCCAAACCGUUUCGCUCGCUGUCCCCUAUACAGAAGAACGGGAUGAAGAGCGUUCAAAUCUCAGACACCGUUAAAGUAGCAUCCGGAGGAAAUGGCCAACCAUUGAGCGUAAUCACUAGACCAGCAUCUGUCCCAAAUCUUAAAGAAUACCGUGGUAACGUUAGCUUUGCACCGCAGACAGAUAAGCACUGGUUCCCCGACUUGAAUCGUUCAGUGGACUUGGAUUACCUACCUCGUGAAACCGGGCAAACGACUCACCCAUCACUACAGUAUUCCCCGCCAGAUUGGGCCGAACAAGGCACGCCGCGUCCACAGUCAAAAUUAAUACCUUUACAAAACUCUUUCACAAGAACCGAUGCACAUAGAAAGUUCCAUUCUACAUUCCAAGAAAACAACCCCGAUUUACGUGAAAAUAUAACGGAAGGGAUGAAACAUGAUUUUCAAGGUGAAAAUGCCUAUCAUUGGCACUAGACAUGAUUGGACAGCGUAGCAUAGAAUAUUCAUACAGUGUGUCUCUUGGUUAGGACUGAUGUGCGUAAGUUUACAACAAUCUGCCUUUUCACUCACAGUGUUCCUUCACAUUUACUCUGUGUAUUAUCUAUACACCAUCCCUAAAUGAUAAUUUUUUUCAAAAGUUUUGAUAAAAAGAAAUCAAAUCAUGUCUAUUAUAAAAAUUGUAAUUAAUGAAUAGUUAAAAUUGAGAAAUUUUAAUGUAUCAAAUUUUAUGACUGAGAAUCGUGACAGGGAAAAGGCUGAAAAAACUGUAAAACUAUAAUUGAUACAUCACAUCUCCAAACUAAA